UAGAAAUUCUAAACGACAAAACUGUCAAUGACAAUGAUGGUGACCUUAAAAUUCACAACAAAUUUAUCAACGACAAUGAUGGUGACAUAGAAAUUCAGAACAACAAAUCUGUCAAUGACAAUGAUGGUGACCUUAAAAUUCACAACAAAUUUAUCAAACGGCAAUGAUGAUGACAUAGAAAUACAAGACAACACGUUUGUUGACAGAAAUGAUGGUGACAUGGAAAUUCAGAACAACAAAUCAGUCAAGUGACUAUAAAGUUGACAUGGAAAUUUACAUCAACAAAUCUGCCGAUAGUAAUGAUAGUGACAUAGAAAUUCACGACAAAUAUGUCACCAGCAAUGACAGUGAAAUCAAACAGAAUGAGGAGAGCUGUUCAGAUGAUUCAAAUGAUGGCAAUGAUGAUGACAUAGAAUACAAGACAACACGUUUGUUGACGGUAAUGAUGGUGACAUGGAAAUUCAGAACAACAAAUCUGUUGACAGUGAUAAAUGGUGAUCCUGGUCCUGGCUGA